AUGUUUGGCAAGUCUUUUCUUGCGCUCGCCGUGUGCGCGCGUGUCUCCUUCGCGGCACCUUUUCUUCAUGACGCCACUUCUCUCGUCCACACUAGAGCUGCAGACCCCUCCACGUGCCCAGGCUACACAGCGACCAACGUUGAUGUCACGGACGCAGGUCUCACGGCCGACCUCACCCUCGCUGGUGCUGCGUGCAACGCCUACAGUGAGGACCUUCAAGACCUGAAGCUGGUUGUCGAGCACCAGACUGACGAUCGUCUUCACGUCAAGAUCUACGACGCGGGUCUCAACAUGUUCCAGGUUCAAGAGGAGGUUAUGCCCCGUCCUGCAAACAACAAGGUCACGUCCACUGGAGCAGCCAUUCGAUUCGACAUCGUUGCCCAGCCGUUCUCUUUCAAGGUCGUCCGGAACAGCAACAACGAGACCAUCUUUGACACCGCAGGCACUCCUCUGAUCUUCGAGAAGCAGUAUGUUCGUCUGCGCACCAACCUGCCGACAGACCCCAACCUGUACGGCCUUGGAGAGCACAGCGACUCUUUCCGUUUCCACACGAAGGACUACCGUCGAAGCCUUCUGAAUGCGGAGUCGAUCAACGUCCCCAACAAUGCGAACUUGUACGGCUCUCACCCAGUCUACUUUGAUCACCGCGGUGACAAGGGCACUCACGGCGUCUUCCUGCUCAACUCGUCUCCCAUGAACAUCGACAUCGAUCAAGACGCCGCCGGCAACCAGUACUUGGAGUACAACACGAUUGGUGGUGUGCUCGACUUGUACUUCCUGGCUGGCCCCGCACCUGCUGACGUCUCCAAGCAGUACGCUGAUGUGGUCGGCUACAGCGCAAUGUACCCUUACUGGACGCUGGGCUUCCACCAGUGCAAGUAUGGCUACUGGGACGUCAACAUGGUUGCUGAGGUGGUUGCAAACUACUCAUCUGCCGGCAUCCCGCUCGAGGUUAUGUGGACAGACAUCGACUACAUGGAUGCGCGACAGGAUUUCACCCUGGACCCUGAGCGCUUUCCCUUGGCCAAGAUGAAGGAGCUUGUGUCGACUCUUCACUCCCGUGACCAGCGCUACGUGCUCAUUCUCGACCCCGGUGUUCACGCUUUUGAGGAAGUGGAGACUUACAAGCGCGGUCAUGAUCUCGACAUCUUCCUGAAGGCGGCCGAUGGCACUGAUCUUCUUGGCGUGCAGUGGCCCGGUGCAGUUGCAUGGCCCGAUUGGUUCCACCCCAACGCACAGAAGUGGUGGACUGACGAGGUCCUGAGCUUCUUCGACGCUGACUCCGGCGUCAACAUCGACGGCAUCUGGGUUGACAUGAACGAGGCCUCGAACUUCUGCGAGAACACUACCUGCGCUCCUCGUGAGAAGGCCAUUGCAGAUGGCAUACCACCAAAGCCUGCCCACGGCCCUCGUCCCAAUACUGGCCGUCCCAUUCCUGGCUUCCCAUCGUCGUUCCAGCCCACGUCUUCGAAGCGCGAUCUUGAGUCUCGCCAAGCUAUGGGCCAGAUGAAGGGCUUCGCAGGCCGCGAGUGGUUCGAUCCAGCAUACAAGGUCACCAACCAUCUUGGCAACGUCUCUGACUACACAAUCUGGUUCAACACCUCCAACUACGACGGCACGCAUCAGUACGACACGCACAACUUCUACGGACACAUGAUGGCCAUGACCACCCAGCAGUCGAUGAUCACUCGUCGUCCAGAAGUCCGUCCGUUCGUCCUGACCCGCUCGACAUUUGCCGGCACCGGCCGCAAGGUGACGCACUGGUUCGGAGACAAUGCAUCUGACUGGGAGCACUACCGCACAUCGAUCCGCCAGAUGCUCUCCUUUGUGUCCAUGCACCAGAUGCCUCUGGUUGGCUCCGACGUGUGCGGCUUCAACGGCAACACAGAUGAGCAGUUGUGCGCUCGCUGGGCCAUGCUCGGUGCAUUCCAGCCCUUCUACCGCAACCACGCCGAGCUCAGCACGAUCCAGCAGGAGUUCUACAUCUGGCCCAGCGUCGCCGCCGCAGCCAAGAAGGCCAUCGACACGCGCUACAAGCUCCUCGACUACCUCUACACCGCGCUGUACUACCAAACCACAGAAGGCACACCCAUGAUCAACCCGCUCUUCUUCCUCUACCCAACCGACUCCGCCACCUUCGGUAUCCAAGAGCAAUGGUUCUACGGCGAUAGUCUCCUAAUCUCCCCCGUAACAACCGACUACUCCGACACCGUAACCUUCUACCUCCCCGCCGACACCUUCUACGACUACUGGACCCACGAACGCGUCCUCGGCACCGGCAGCAACAUCACGCUCUCCAACCUAACCACCAGCGACAUCCCAGUCCACAUCCGGGGCGGCGCCAUCCUCCCGGAGCGCGCCACCUCCGCAAACACCACGAAAGCGCUGCGCACCCAGGACUUCGCCCUCCUCGUCGCGCCCGCCGCCGACGGCUCGGCAACAGGCCGUCUGUACCUCGACGAGGGCGAGCGCAUCGAGCAGCCGAACGUGUCGGAGAUUGAGUUCAAGUUCGCGGACGGCAAGUUCACCGCCUCGGGCACUUUUGCGUAUUCAGCUGCAGAGGGGGAGUCGAUUACAGUCGCGAGCGUGCUGGUGCUCGGGCAGACCGAGGCGGGUGCUACGGGGACGUUUGAUGCAGAGGAGGGGUCAGUGAGGGUCGAUGGGCCGUGGGUGUUGAAUCGGGGGUUUGAGUUCCAACUCUGA